UUCUUCCUUUCUUUCUUCCUUCCUUCCUUCCUUCCUUCCUUCCUUCCUUCCUUCCUUCCUUCCUUCCUUUCUUUCUUUCUUUCUUCCUUUCUUUCCUUUCUUUCCUUUCUUUCCUUCUUUCCUUCCUGUUUUGUCUUUGGCUCCUAUUCCCUUGAGUGGUGGUCAAGACCAGUCUGGUUUGAAUGUAGCCUCCUGCAAGUGCUUGUAUGCUCCAGAAAGAAGCAUAGUCGGGGUACCAAGGGCUUGCGAAGAUUUUAUGAAGAAGGUCUUGGGAGUACAGGCUAUAUAUAUAGAAUGGGGGUUCUGUCACAGGUCUAUGAUACAAGAGGCUGAAGGUCACAUGGGAACCGAGCUGUAAAAGAUUGAAAGGCUUAUAGAAAGCCCCCAUUGUUCUGUAGGCAUCUGAAGUAAAAACAAACAAAAAAGCUCAGCAGGCAUCUUUGCUUGCCUUGGAAGGUAUUAGCUCACUUUUCCUGUGGCUCUAGGAACCUUAAUAGUCAAGAGGACAGGAGGAAGACUUGCUGAUUGGUUGAUACUUGACAGGUCACUUAGGUGCUGGCUUGGAGAAGUACUUCCUGCUCCUGUCCUGAGGAAUAUCUAGAACUCCUUUGGAUAUUUCCAUAGAGAAAAUCCGUGGGGUUCCCCUAUGAUGAGGGACCAUACCCAGUGGUUCCAUUACAGAUGGAAAGGGAAAGGACUUGACUACAGCACCAGGCUGUUGGUAGUUUCUGCUCCUUUUGACUGUUCCUGUCUCUUAAACUGAGUGCAGUGGGCCAGUUACAGAAGAGUAUACCUGGAUAAGGUUUCCUGUAAGGCUGUGGAAAAGUUUGGUGAGCCUGUAAUAUCCUAGUUAUUUUUCCUCUCUGUGGAAAUGGAGGUGUUUUUUUUUGUUGUUGUUGACCACCUCAGCAACUCCUUAUGUAUCACAUUAUUUAUUGGGUGAACAUAUGCCACAGCAUACUUGUGGAGGUCAGAGGACAACUUAUAUUAUAUUGGCCCCUGGGACCAAACUCAGGUUGUCAAGACUUGGCAACAAGUACCUUAACCUGCUGGGCCAUCUCACCAGCCCACACCAUUAUUGCUUUUCUUCAGCUGGAAGUUGAGCUUUGCUUAGCAGGAGAUUAACUUGUGCUAGAGCAAAACAUCAACCCUGGGACUGGGCCUCCUAUUCCUGGAUAACCCAAGGUCUGGAGGGAUGAAGUGGGGCCAGCAGUAGAAGUCUGGGAAGUCCCAAGUUCCAGACCUGCUGAGACAGGGUCUGUCUGGAUAUGGAUUGGGGACUGGUGGCUGGCCCACCUAUCAGGAGAGACUAUGCUCUCUGCCCAUUGAGGCAGAGCGCGGGGUCUCCAUGGGGCUGGAGACUCAAUCCAAGACCCAGAGCAGCCCUGGAUCUGCUGCAAACAGGCAGCUGCUGUGCUCCAGGAUCAAGUUAAUUGAAGUGACUGGAGGAGAGGGUGGGGAGGGGUUAGGGGCAGGGCUGACUUACUGGACUUUCCUUCCCUCCCGUGUGGCUCCCUCCCUUCAUAGCUGGAGGAGCCAACUUCAAACGCCUCUCCACCUGCCCCCCCAGCUCUCACCAGGGAGGCCCCAUCAGCCGAUAGAGGACCUGGUGUGACUGCCAAUUGAUUACUUCAUUGGCAACCCAAAGACCCAGAGGACCCAGGAUCAUGUGUGUGGCCUGCUAGAGGGGAAUAAGGGAAGGCCAGACCUUGAGAGGCCUAUGGUAAGCAGUUGGGGCCUGGGGGAGGGGGCUGGCCUGGGCCAAGAAUCUGUGCAUGGCCACAACCCAGGGGAGACACUUUCCCUAUGCCUCAUAGAAACCCCAGAUGUUUGUGACGGUACCCAGUAAAAUGACCAUUGUUGGUGCUGCUGGACUUCCCAGAACCCUUUCCUCUCGUGCUGGGUUAAGCCUGAGUUGUUAGGGACUCCCUGGCAGCCAACCUGUUCCAUAUUGGUGCUGGAUGCCCCUCUAGCAGUCUCAUUGGCUGAAUUAGCUCUUAUUCUUAAUGUGGUUUGAUGGGUUAAUUCUUGGCACCCUUUCCAAAUGUUGUUCCAAAUGACCUUCAAGACUUUUCAAGAGUGCUACUACAUUUGUUCUUCAGUUAUUGGUGCUGGUAUCCCAGGCUGGAGCCCCUACCCCCCACCCACUUCUGUGUGGGAGUUUGUGGUAUGCUCAGUUCAGCUCUCGUGCCAGGGCUGGGAAGCUGAGUCCUGUCGUUUCGCUAGGUUCACAAGAUUAAUUUUUGAGCCCAAGUAAGCUGGGGACCUAGAGGCAGGUUUGGAAACUGCUCUAUUUGGAGGAGCUGGGGUCUGAGGACCUUAGCUGUCUUCCUAAUGUGUGAGCUUUUCCCCCAGCACCAGUCCUUUCCACUUGGGGUGGGAGGAAGUUUGUUGGCAGGCUUUGCUUGAGGCUUUGCUUCUGCUGUCUCUAGGCCUUCCCUCCAGCCUUCCCCUUCCAUUGGGGGUUUUGGAGCUCUGAGCCAGUGUUUCUGCCAUAGUUGGGUUUGUUGUUGUUGUUUGUUUUGGUUUUCUUGGGGGGUAGGGGUUGGUUCCUGUGGCUGGUUGUAGCAGAACUAUUUGAGGGAGAGAUUGGAGUUCCCAUACUGCAUGAGAGCACAGUGGUUCUACCCCCAGAUCCCAUCUUGCUCACGCAAAGAGCAUGAGAUGUAUGUGUGAGAGAGAACAUCCAAUGUCAGGGGAUGGGGAUGGGCUAUGAAUGGUAGGUAUGGGUCUGAGCAUGGUCAGGGGUGAGGCUGUACUGAGGCUGUACUCACUUCUUGCUGUACCCCUCCCUAUCCACUCCCUGUGCAAGGCCAGUGAGCCCUUGUACAUCCAUUGUACUCUAGGUGCUAACUUUUCUGCCUUUCCAGUGUAGACCAUAGUGCCACCCCUUGUCUGUGGUACCUGUUCUCUGUCUCCUUCCUAGUCCUUCAGGGGCUCAGUGAAAGUACUUCACCAUGCCCCACUACAUACCCCACAAAUGUUCACAGAACAUGGUACUGUUUGGUAUUUAAGUCUCUUUUCCCUUCUCUAGGACUGCCAGGGCUUAUCAUAAGCCAUACCCAGAGUCUGAUGAAAUUUUCGAUCCUAUCAUCUCACAGAUGAUGGGGCACCCUUUGUGGUGACUCCAAGUGUCUGUGGGGCCACUCCUUGUGCUGCUGGUAGGCUUAGGUUCUCAACCCCAACCUGAUGUCCUCUCCAGAUGCCCCUCAAGCCCACUCUCUACGUAUUACCACUGCUGCUGGCAUUUCUUGUGUCUGCUCUGGGCUGGGCCGGGUCCCAGUCCUGCAGUGUCCAGGAGGUACUCCGCCAUUACCAAGCUGUCAUCUUCCAGGACUUGCAGGCUGCCAUGCAGUGGGCUGGGCUGGGAGCCCAGCAUACAGAGCCUGGGUCCCGACACCACCACUUCGUUCAGAAAAACCUGACUGGAGCUGGUGGAGGUCAGGGACAACCAGGGGCCUCCUGUGAUGCCCAGAAGGAGCGUAGCAUCCUACUGUCUAUCGAGUCCCUGGGUCAGACCCUUCUUGGGAGCAUGGCCGGAGUUCCCCACAAUGCAUUAGAGAAAGCGGCAUGGACAGUGGCGGUGCGCACCAAGGCCGUGAUGCGCAGACACUGCCGGACAUCCACCAGGCAGAUCCUGCAGCCCAAGAAGCGUCCAGUGCAGCAGCGGAGGCGGCUCCUGCUACGUGCCUUAUACACUGUCGCCACCUGCUGGGAGAAGCUCUUUGCGCUGAGUGCCAUGACCACCAGAGAAUUCUAGCACUGCCCCUACCUCUCACAGAAGACUGGAAGCAAACUGGUUCAUGUUUUGACAGUGCCCCCUCUCUCAGCUCAGACUACCUGCACUCAAAGGCCCAGGAUGUGGAGAAGAGAGCACCUUCCUUCAUGACACCCAGUGAGGCCCCAAUAAAUGGAGCUAGUGAUAUGG